AUGGGCUCCCCAGCUGCACCAGCAUACGCUAAUACAGUGAUGGCAUGGUGGGAAACUGAACAGAUGCCUCUUCUUAGUAAUAAAUUUAAUAUUAUAUUCUAUUCCAGAUUUAUAGAUGAUUUAAUUUUCAUGAUUGAAGGAAACAACGAGACAGUGGAUGCCUUCUUUAAUGACAUUAAUUUAUCAUCUAACUACUUGAAAUUUACCAAAGGCAACAUUGGUUUAAAUAUUAACUUUCUAGAUGUGUGUUUUUGGGGAUAUGAUGAGAAGUUAGUGAUUGACAGUGGAAAUGAGAUUUAUAAUAAACAUCAAACAAACUAUCCAGCUAUCUUAAAUAAACUACAGAUAGACAUUGUCAAUAAGGUUAAGUCAAGUUCUAUUGACCCUGGAUUAGUAUGCUCUUUAGCUAUGAAUACAGACGCUAGUCGUAUUAAAGCUGUUUUAGAAAAGAAUUGGAGAAUUAUACAGGGAAAUCAUGAUAUACUUGAGGUGGAAGCUGCACAGCAGGAGAAACUGUUCAAACAUUUGGAAGAGCAGCAUGCUAAGGGCAGUGCCAGACUAAACCAGGAGCUGGAGCGAUCCAAGAAAGAAUAUGUUGCUGUGCAGACCAGCCUGGACAAGCUGAUUGCUGAGAAACAAUGCUCGGAUAAAGAAUUGGAUGAACUAAAGAGAAAGCUGCAGUCUGCAGAGAAGAAGGUUGAGACCUGUUUAAGAAAGGAGAAAGAACUUAACAAAAACCUUCAGGAAACAAUAGAGGAAAACAAAAAAUUAACAACUGAUUGCAAAGAGUGGAAUAUCAAGGUUUCUUACUUGGAAGAAGAACUAAAGAAGGCCACAGAAGAGCUUAAAACAACUUGCCUAUUACUUGCAUCAGGAAAUAAACAAGACGAGAUGCCAUGUACCACAGUUUCUACACCAGAAAACUUGAAUGGUACAAAAGAGUUACAGACUGGCUGUGAAAUGCAUUCAAAACAUAAUUCAAGUCAUACAGAUGCUACUUUUAAGAUACAAGCUGGGGAACUGAAAGAGGUGCCCAGUACUGAGGAUAAACUGGAAAGUGUAAAAAGCGAAGCACUGAAAUAUGAAGGGGACAGUAGUACAUGUGAAUUAGAAAGCUUGGAAGUAGCAAAUCAUCCAAAAUCAAAAAAGUUAGUGACUGAUCAGAAACAAAUAGAAAUUCAGAAUUUACAAAAGACUGAGGUUCAUCAAAUGCUUUCUGAAUGUAACAUACUUGCACAUUUAAGUGAACCAGCACAUGAACAGUGCCAGAAGAAAGGAAAUGCUGAAAGUAAGACUAAUUUGGCUGAAAGCAGGAUCCAUUAUCCACAAAAUGCCAAAACCAUAACAGAGAUGCUAGAGACAGACUCUAAGCCACUGGAGUCUAAAGAGGCUAAAAGAACUGAGGAGUAUGAAGGUGUUUUUAUGUUGCAAAAUAAAUUAAAUGAAGACUAUUUGAUAUGUAGCACUGGCAAUGAAAAUAAUGACAGCGUCAGAGGGUCUUUAAAACACUUGGACAAAGGCAUUCAGGUUUGCAGUGGAAAAUUGUUUGUUGAACAUCAGAUGGAUCUGUUAAAUGAGCUGCAGAAACGAUGUGAAUUACUGACUUCAGAAAAAAAUAAAGCAGAUGAAAGAGCAGCAGAAUUUCAGUCCAGAUUAGAGAGUAUGCAAGCCAAAGUCAAUGUUCAGGCACAACAGCUAACACCUGCUUAUGAGGAGCAGAGUCCUAAUCUCCUUUCAAACCUUGAAGAGAAAGGUGUCUUUAUUGAAAAAAUGGGUGGGAUACUGAAGAGCACCUUACUGGACCUCUUGCACCUGCAGCUGAAUAACAAUGAUCUUAAAUCUAAACUCUGUGAAGUAUUAAAAGAAGAAAACAUGAGGGUAGUGGAAGGCAUUUUCCAAACAAAUAUUGAAGAUUAUGCAUUGUUUAGUAAUGCUGUCGCUUUUGCAUCUGACAGCAAGCAGGAUAAUAAAUGCUGCACACAGGCAGCACCAGCUGCCAGAGAAGGUAUAAACUACUUAGAAAACACUGAUGAAAAUACAUUUUUCCUAUCUGAGGUUGGGGCUGAAAAUAAGUAUGUUCAAAUAAACAGUAUGGCAGAUGGAGAUGUGAGUAUGAUAAAAGGAAAUAAUAACCAAAAGCCAGAAAAAAGUAAUGUAGUAAAAGGAACAGUAAACAGGGACCGUUUUCAGAUGCACCCAAAAAGUACAUUGCAGGGUGACCAUGUGAAAGAAAGGAUUGAAUAUGAUUGGCAGAAUCCGAGAGACCUGUCUUACCUAGUUGAAUCAGCUAAAUCUGAAAAGGAAAGUAGUGAACGUGCAACAUCCAUAGGAUAUUACGGCUUUAUUCAGAAUAUGUCUGACAGCGAGGAGUAUUUUGACUGCAUAUCUGAACUAGAGAAGUCCCAAGGAGAUGGCAAGGCUAGUAAAGAACUAAACUGGAAGGCAGAUGAUCGGCAUCAGGAGGUUGAAUCCCUUGAGAUGGGCGAGAGCUGUACUUCUUUACCUGACAGAGAGAGGCUUAUUCUUCAGCUCUUGCAGCUGAAAAAGUCAACAGCUGGCCUUCAGUUGGACAAUGAAAAUCUGAAGGUUCAGUUGGCAGAAAAGGAAGCCGUGUUACAUGAACAAGCAAAAAAAGCAACAAAUCUUGAAACACCGGUAGAAAAGUUAUGCCAGCGGAAAAAGGGAGUAUCUGAAGAACUUGCUAUUAAUUCUGAAAAAGAAAGAUUGUCCAAAGAUAGAAGCAGUGUGCACAGGAUCUUUCAAGACCUUUCUGAUAAGACCCUUGAAGCGGAAAACACAGCUUUUCAGUACACUUUAGAAGGUCUCAAGGGCAGUAACAAAGAACCUGGUGUUUCAGCAUCUCAGAACCAGCUUGCUGAGUUGAAGAAAAUGAUUUCACAGUUGUGUGAUGAAAAGACGAGCCUUCAAAAUGAAUUAGAACACUGGAAAUUUAAGCAUUCAUAUAGAGAGAACUCUACAGCUUGUUAUUCGAAACAUCAGAUAAAGCACCCUAAGGAAGAGGAACAGAGUCACAGCCUUCAGAGCAGAGGUUUACCCAAGUCAUCCUUUGCAAAAGGUGAAGUAACUGUUUCUCAGUUAACUGAAGAGCAAAAAGCUGUAAAGACAGAGCUGGAAGCACAGAAGAAGAAAUCUACUAAGAACUCAAACAGCUAUGCUGAUCUUCUGAAGAACUAUAACAGACUCAAAGAUACCAACAGAAUAUUACAGCAAAGGGUAACUGACCUAAGUCAGAAUAAAGUGAGUAAUCUGACGGACAAAGAAAAGCAGCUAUUACAUUCUCCUGACAUCGUUUUAUCUGAUAAGACCGAUAAACAACUAAAAGGUAUUGACAGGGAGAAUAUGCAGAGUCCAAAUCUCGAGGCAUCCUCAGAAGAUGAACAUCAAGAAAGGCAGCAAAACUGGAUGGAUGAUCGAGAGGAUGGGCAAAAAUUGAGUUACCCAACAAUUCGUGCAGAGAUUCAACCAAGAACGCUUGACCAGCUGCAGCAGGAAGUGGACUCACUACGUGAGCAAUUAAGACUAAAAUGUUUAGAAGUUGACCUGAACUUCGAAAAGUAUUCCAGGCUUCAGGAGCAGUACAAAAAACUUGAAGGUACAAGUGGCUUUGUUGUAGAAGAGGAUAAGCGCAUUCGGAAUGUGGAAACACAAACUGAUAGAGAAAAAGACUUCAGACUGCCUGAAAAUGGCAGCACCUUGGAAAACAAAAAGCCUUGGAUACUGACUGAAGAACCAGCAAAGAUAGCAGCUAGGAUUGAGAAAACAAGGAACCAGGUUUCUGUGGCAUACGAUGACAACGAAUAUGAGCCAUAUGGGUUACCUGAAGUGGUCAUGAAAGGUUUCGCUGAUAUUCCUUCAGGACCUCAUUGCCCUCAUGUGCUUCGCAGAGGCCUCUUGGGAACUACAGUCAUCUGUAAUAAGCAGAGGAGUAGUAUGCAGAAGAGUAAUAAAGCAAGUGCUUCUACAAAACCUGCAUAUGACAGUUCUAUCUUGUAGAUCUGUGGAGUCUACAAACCAGAAUGCAGAUGAUUUUCAACUCCAAGUAUGAUUUGCUGCAAAUGUACUUGACAAAAGCAGGUUCUUUUUAUUCACUGGUACAACUGAUAAGCACAUAGCAUGUGAAUGAGUCCAUUUAGCAAUGGUAUGGCAUAUGCAACAGUACCAUUUCCGUGUAUGGAAGCAUAUCUGCAAAUUUUCUGAACUGUCUGAUCUGCUACAGGAAACCAAGCGGAUAGCUUCACAAGGAUUCCUGAAGGAUUUUGCUCUAUUCCAUGAUGAAGACAUUGCACACUUCCUUGUGAUACUAAAUGGGAUACUCGGAUCCUGCUGAGAUGACUACCUCCAAUAUAGAGCAAUGCCACAAAUUCCAUCUGCCAUAAAAAUCCUUGAGUGUACAUACAUUUCCAAAGGUGUUGUGGGAUGCUGUACAGUGUAAUAGUUUUUAUUAAAAAUAAUUAGGUUGUUGCUGUUCAUGUUUAUCAGGGUUUGGUAGUACACUGCUCUCAGGGAGGACCCAUAUAUAAAGGUUGUCGGAAAGUAUAAUGAAUUGCGGUAAACCUCAAGUCUUUCCUAGAAAACUUGGUACAAAGUUAAUAUAAAAUUUGCAAAGUAAAAGUCCUGGGGUCCAAAUCACUUUGAUCAAAUCAUCAUGAUUUUCAAGUGCUGAUAUCCAACAUUUAUGUUCUGAAUUAAUUUUACAUACUGUAAUUUUGAUAGUUAACUUCUUGUAUUAUAGUUGAAAGAAGUCACUACUGUUCAGUAUGUUGACUGUUAUAGGCCAAUGAGCCUUUGCCCUUUUGAAAAGGAGACCUAAUACUGAAUUUGCCUGAAGGGAUUAAGCAUUAUUUUAUGCCAGAUUUUUAAAUGGUGCUUGUUGCUUUCCCUUUCUGGAUUUGCUUAUCCACCUGUCAGCAGAUAUACCUCUGAGAUCAUGUCUCAUUAUUUUGACUAUAAGCUAUUUUCAACUGAAAAUAAGUUGAGUAUUUUGUCUUCCACGUUGGGAAAUUUCCAGUUUUAGUUGAACAAAUAAUGCCUAAAAACUGUGAUUAAAUGCUGUUGUGUUAAUGUCUUAAGUUGUUUAUUUUCAGUACCAAUGAUUGUUUUUGUUUCAGCUGUUCCUUUGAA